AUUUCUCAAUUAAACCUAAUUGACACCCACCCACACAUUCCAAUUUCAUCUCAUUCACACACACACAGAGACGACGCCGCUGCUAUGUACAACCUUUCAUCGAUUCACACACAGAUUCAUCGCCGAUCGGCUCACUCUCCUCACCGCCGUUAGCCUCUCCUCACCGCCGCUGAUCUGUUAGCUUCUCCUCUCCUCACCGCCGCUCGCUGCUGUGCCGAUCUAGCCUCUCCUUCCCUUGCCGAUCUCAUCUCCUCUUCUCACUGCCGCUGCUGUGCCGAUCUACCACUAAUCAUGUCUGGUAAAGCUGAAGCUGAAGUUAAUGAACCAAUCAAUGAGCAAGCAGUUGCCAACAUAUAUGGUGCCAUGAGGUCAGACAUCAACCAAAUUUACUCAAAAAUUACCGAACUAGAGAUGGAAGCAAGUGAGCACUCAUUGGUGAUGAAUGCGAUAAAACCACUUGAUCCAUCAAGGCGGUGCUAUCGUAUGAUUGGAGGCGUGUUGGUGGAGAGAACAAUUAAAGAGGUCUUGCCAGCUGUUCAGCGCAAUAAGGAGGGUCUUGAGGAGGUAAUUGCUCGACUUAACGAGGCCUUGGAAAAGAAGAAAAAGGAAGUUGCUGACUUUGAGGCUAAAUACAAAAUUAGGAUUAGAAAGUCUGACGAAGUGCAGGAUGAUGCUGGGCGGAAGGAAGGCUCUGCACAGGGAGUUCUUGUUGGUCCUGCAGGUGGGAAUGAAUGAUUUGCUUUUAGGUUUCUCGAAUUCCUGGUGCUUUUCUUUGUUUUUGGAGGAUGUUAUCCAAGAACUUUUAAGCUUUUGUUAUGUGUACCAUAAUUUUGAGACUCGGGUGUUUGGUUGGGUCCUUUAAAUCAAAUGCAGCAGAUUAUUACAACGUUUACAUUUC